GUUACACCCGGUGUCCCGUAUGGCUUGACCGUGGUGCUUUGGAGCAGAGCAGCAGAGCAGUCAGUCUGCUGGGGAGAGUCAGAAGAAAAGUUAGUCAAGAUGGCAAACCCCACAGACCCGGAGUGAAGGGGCACCGCUCCCCAAAAAAGCUGAGCCUGUCGCCCGUCCUGAGAUAACCCAACAAUGCUAACUGCGCCAGGAGGCAUAGGAGGGAUUCCCUGAAGAAAAAAUGCCCAUGAGGCUGAAGCUGAUGUGACACAGACUGUGCUGGAAGAAAGCUGACUCAUCAAAUAACAAUUCCUCUGGGAGCAACUAAGCAGCAUUGAGCAGCUCAUACACCCCUCAUGCCGAGCUAGAAGAGCACCUCACAGCACCCCUCCUUCUCACAAAGGAACGGAGAUUAUCAGACAGGAGACAAGGGUGAAUAAAACCCCUCCAGCAGGAAUAUAUCCCACACCAGCUGUGGGCGAGACACCAGAAGGCCUGCUGUCCUAGCGAAGAACAGAGCUAAGAAUGGCAUCACAGUGCUUCCGCUGAGCCUCACCAACUGUGUUAAGAGACAUCAACAGUCAGCUGCUAAGACCACCGCCAAUCUUCCUAUCGGUUUCACCCAAACCACCGGUAUAAAGUUUGGGGGAGGUUGCUCUCUGCUCCCCACGCCUUUCAGCCCAGCCCGGCACCACCACAGUCUGUCAGCCUUCACCCUGCCUUGCAGACCAUGAUGUUUCGCGAUCAGGUGGGCGUGCUAGCAAGCUGGUUCAAGGGGUGGAACGAGUGUGAGCAGACGGUGGCUCUGCUGUCCCUGCUGAAGAGGGUGAGCCGGACCCAGGCCCGUUUCCUGCAGCUGUGUCUGGAGCACUCCCUGGCCGAGUGCACUGAGCUGCAGGUCCUAGAGGGAGAAGCCAACAACCCAGGGGUGAUCAGCCAGUGGCAAGGUGAGUCUAAGGAGCGUGUCAUCUCACUUGUCCUCACCCACCUCCCGCUGCUCAAACCUGGCAACGUUGAAGCCAAGGGUGAGUACAUGCGCCUUCUGCCACGCAUCCUAGCCCACACCAUCGAACAUGGCCACCACCUGGAGGAGUCUCGCCAGCUCCUGUCCUACGCCCUUAUCCACCCAGCCACCUCUCUAGAAGACCGUGCUGCUCUGGCACUCUGGCUCAACCACCUGGAAGAGAGAGCCGCUGCCCGUGGAGACUCACUGGAAAGGCCUCCUCCCUCUGGGCCACACCACCACCAUCACCAGUCCACGCCUCCAUCCACCCUCUCCUCAUCAGGAUCAUCCUCCUCCACUAACACCUCUUCAUCAGGCAAUCUCUACUCGUUGCAUCACCACCAGCGCUACGGCUCUGACGACCGCCUCAAUGGGUGGCAGAGUUCCAGGGAUUCAGGACUGGGUGGAGGCUGGCAUCAGCAGCAGCAGGGCUGUGAGAAUGGGCACCUCCUUCUCUACCCAUCAUCUUCUGUGCCAGCGACCAUCAACACGGUUGGAACUGGUGGAGGUGGUAACACUAUCCUGACGAGUGGAGGUGGCAGCCAGCAGCACAGUCCCCUGAAGCGCUCUGUGUCCCUCACACCUCCCAUGAGUGGCCCCAGCAACCAGCCUCUGGGACACGUCUGGCUGUCCCAGGAGGACCUACGGAGCGCGAGGGGCCCAGCCCCAGACCAUGCACCUCUCUCACCCCAGAGCAGCAUUGCCUCCUCGGGCAGUGGGGGCAGUGAACAUCUGGAAGAGGCUGGUUUAGGAGGAGGUUCAGGUCUGCAUCGCAGUUCCUUCCAUGAGGAGGGCAGUGGCAUGAGGGAUGUUCCUGCAUGGCUGAAGAGUCUCCGUCUCCAUAAGUACGCUGCUCUCUUCUCCACAAUGACCUAUGAUGAGAUGUUGUCACUGACUGAAGAGCAGCUAGAAGCACAGAAGGUCACUAAAGGAGCAAGACACAAGAUUGUUAUCAGCAUUUUGAAGCUCAAAGAAAGGCAGAACUUACUGCGCAGCCUGGAAAAGGAUGUGUUGGAGGGCAGCAAUCUGCGCGCUCCACUGCAAGAGCUCCACCAGAUGAUCAUGACGCCUAUCAAGGCCUUCAGUGGUGGCGAGGAGGCCUCCCUGCAGCGCCCCCUGCUGAGCCCUGAGGGCAAGAGCGCCGCACCAGGCUCCCACUUGAGUGGGGGUGGCGGAGGAGAGGCUGAGUCAGGCAUAAGCAUUAUCGCAGAGGGGGAUCUACCUGGCCAAUUCACUCGAGUCAUGGGCAAAGUUUGCACCCAGCUGCUGGUGUCGAGGUCAGAUGAGGACAACAUCAGCUCCUACCUACAACUCAUCGACAAGUGCCUUAUCCAUGAGUCCUUCACUGAGACACAGAAGAAGAGGCUGUUGUCAUGGAAACAACAGGUCCAGAGGCUGUUCCGGUCCAUUCCGAGGAAAACUCUCCUUGACAUUGCAGGGUACCGACCGCAGAGGAGCCGUUUCGGCCAGUCCAACUCUCUCCCGACCACUAGUUGUGUUGGGAGUAGUGUGUCAGCCAGGAGGAGCCUCCGGCAGUUCCAGAUGCCCUCCAGGAGUUUGCCGGUUGCCAGGCUGGGCCCACUGGGCAGCGGGGGGCUGCUGGGGCCCACGCCCCGCAGCUCUAGCAGCACACCUACCGGCCCCAAGCAGGGGAGACAAGGUCUGUGGUUUGCCAACCCGGGAGGAAGCAACAGCAUGCCCAGCCGGACCCACAGCUCGGUGCAGAGGACCCGCUCCCUGCCAGUUCACACCACACCACAAACCAUGGUCAUGUUCCAACAAUCUGAUGUUCAGUUGCCGGUGACAGAGCCAGACAUCAACAAUCGCCUUGAGUCUCUGUGUCUGAGUAUGACAGAGCACGCCCUGGGAGAUGGUGCUGACCGCACAUCAACAAUAUGAUACGAGGACCUGAGUGAGAGCAGUAGGACAGCACAGGUUCACAAGGCUCUCUCACGAUAAGUCAUCUCGAGGUCACCAGCCCUCCUGUCCCCUCUCUCUGUAGCCAAUGGUAGAGCUCAACCAAAGGAUCGGGCAGGAUCCAAGAAACACAAGAGAGCCGCUCAUCAAACGGCAAACACAAGCUAUCACAUUGGCACCGUCCAUUGGGUCGGAAAAACACACUUCCUGCUCCGCCAGCAUGCUCACAGUCACCUGCAACUGGGUGAGGAGAGAGAAAAGCGUUGAACACCGCCUGGACAGUGUGUGAACAGCGCCCCCCUCUGGGGAGCCCAGAAGCAGUGCUGUAGUCCAGUCAGCCCCAGCAGAAGGGAGAAGCUGGCCUGUGGAUCAGGGCCCAGUGAGACUGAGGCCCUUUCCCUCUCCGACACCCUAUGGUCCCCGCACAUCGACCACAGCUCGUGGCAUCUUUCAAAUCCAUAACAGUACCUCAGACCCAAAAACAAGACGAGACAAGCAGAGCUAGAAGGACGCAGAAGGAAGUUUGGGAUUUCCUUUACUGUUUUCAGUGAGGACGCUUGUAGAGCUCGGGGAGGCCUCUUCCUCAGUAUUGGGUGGCAAAAAAAAAAUCAUUUAUUUGUAUUGUAUGUAUUUAUUGUUUACAUAUUGAUGCUACUUUCAAAGGGUACAGAAACAUGUAUGAAUUUCAGGUAUGAAUUGUGUAUUAUUCUGUAAAGCCUUGGCUGUCUACCAGCUUUACGUCCCAUGAGUAGCCAUCACGCUAGUUUACAACCAACGUGCUUAUUCUUUAUUUCAACAGCCGACGGCAAAGACAUGUUGGCUUGAACUUUUACCAAGAGGGAAUAUUAGAGAAGGAGGUAGAGCAGACGUGUGAAGAGGGGCAGGAGGAAGAAGGUGAUGUGGAGAAAGACACAGGAAGUAGUAGAAGAAAGGAUCGAGCUGAAGUGAUACUGGACAGGGAAGCGGAUGUUUGGAAGAGGAAGACAUCAGAGGCAGGACCUCUGAUUGGCUGAUGAUGACAGAGGAAGAUGAUGUCAUGUCUAAUCAUAUUGUGAGUCUUUGAGUGAGCGAAGGAGGAAGAGAAUCUGGCACCGGUCAGUUACAUAUUUUAAUCCAUAGCAUGUAGUCUAUGAACUCUUUGAAUUUAGAGCCGUUGUAGGCGCAGCACAUUGAAAAUGUAGGUUUUUAUACUCGUAAAUGGGAGAUUAAUACAGCUGUCUGCAUGUUCAGAUAAGGAGUUUAGUUGUUUUUCUAAAGCAGGGUGAUAUGCUUAAGCUGCAUGUUACAACUAAAUAUCUUUCUUGGAGGAGAGGAAGAUUGUGAAACGUGUGAAACGCGGGGUGGCAGAAACAAAAACAGGAGGUUGAUUUGGUUUCCACUCGGACCCUGUUGCUCAGAGGAUUGCAACACUGGAGAAAUCACACACUGUCAAUCCAUGAAGGGUAGUUUUCCCAGAGAUUGUCUCAUUAGUGCUUACCUCCACCUGCUGGCCAAACACAGUCAUGGCAGGACAGACACUGAAGCCUAUGGACACACUGGCACUCUGCAGAUCAUUGAAAAAUCAUUCAUAAGCAACAUUUGGGGAGAUAUCAGUGCUGCAGCCUGUGUAACAUGCGUCUAUGUCUGUUCUGUCAGUGCAGGCCUACAUGGAAUUUAUCUUUUUUUUUUUUUUUUAAGUCUCAUGGUUAUUCUGUGUCUUAAUAUUUAAUCCUCAGUUUUUUGUGUCUGAUACAGACUUUAUAAGAAUAGGUUUAUAUAGAAAUAAGCUGGAUAGGAAACCCCCACCUCUGUGCUGCUUUCAACUGAGCACAUAUGCUGAGAGUACUGACCCUAAAUGGUCAUCAGUGAGGGUUAUUGAUUAUUAUUGUUUAGUUUUUUCAUUAGUUUGUUGCAAUUUUAUAGUACUUCCUUUGUAUCCUGCACUUGAUAUGAUAAUGUGAUACACUAAAAUCCAAAUGUUUAAGGCUCAAAGAAACCGUUUGGAGCUUUGGAGUCGGAUCAAAUGGAGCAGAUAGAGGAGAUGAGAUCCACACUCGCUCGCUCUCGACUGUAGAGCUAUAGUCUCAGCAGACGGAUGAGAGUCAGGCGGUAGAACCACAACAGGUGGUGAUGUUGAAUCUCACAGCAGAGAUGAAAAACUCUAAUUGACUUUAAACAACUUCUGUUUGUCUGGUGGUGGAUGUUGGAGGUGAAAAUACUCAGUUAAAGGAUCAUACCAGUGUUUGUGCAUGUUUUAGCCUAUUUGCUUCCAUUUGAAAACACUUCAUACUUUUUUUUAUGUUUUUCUUUCAAGCAAACAAGUUUUCACUCAUUUUAUUACAAUAUUAUUUUAAUCUUAUAGUACAGUAAUAGUUUAAAAUGAGCCCACCUUCAGAGUAAAUAAAGAGCAUGUCUGCAGUUAUUUUUACAAGUUGCAGUGCAGGUUUUCUAAAAGAUCUGCACACACAAACAAACCCCACAACAAAAGUGACAAAAAUAAAUGCAGCCAUGAUGUUUGUUGUGACAAAUGCAGUUUUAUACCCAAACAGGAUAACUACAAGUUUGGACAAACGUAAUGUAGAUAUUCAAACACUACAGUACACUGACUUUCUCAGUGUGUUCACUUCUUUAAAGGGAGUAAAACAUGCAGAAAUUCUGUUAUGGUGACUUAUUCUGGAUCGGUGCAUGCUCAGACAAACAGUCCACACAAACACACACACACACCAGAUUUUUGUCUCAGUAUUUCGAGUGUGUUUGUGUGUGUUUUCUGCUCUUAUACUUUGAGUCUAUAAGAGCCAAACAGAUGUGUUCAGUACGUCUUUGAACGAAGAUGAAGACUCCACCAAAGCAUGAAUGUGACAUGAACCCGUUUUAAUCCUGAAUGGAGAAACUGAUGUUACACCUUUGACGUGUUUUGUUUUUCUGAUGCUCCUCACAGAGAAUCAGACUGUUUCAGAGUCACUGCCAUAUGAAUCAGUACUUAAAGUAGAAACAAUUAUUUAUUCUUUUUUUUUUCUUUUUUUCUUUUUUUUCAGAUUUUUUGCAGAGGUGAUACUUUUACUCAUUUAGGUGUAUUAUUAUUUAAAGUACCAUAUGUAUUAACAUGUUAUGGCUGGUGACCAUACGUACAUCUCAAAUAUUAACAUAGUUAUUGUUGACUUUUCUUCUUUUAUUUUUUUGUUGCUGUUGUUGAACUAUAAUCUUGUUUGUAUCUAUCAGUGUCAUGUUGAGAUUUUUCAUGUGAAGCUUUGCUGUCGUAGCGCAGCCAAUAGCCGGAGCCGGUCCAUCACAGACACAUCCAUUCAUGUUCGGUUACAGAAUUCACGUCUGGCGGGCUGUCGGCAAACAAAACAGUAGUAUAUUGUUGUAGUCUUUGGCAGGCCGGGGAGUAGAUCGGUCCAUUCUGAUCUGGAGUCUGAUCUUGGUGCUGUUGGCAUGUUAGUGCCUGAGUGGGAGAGGUUUAUACUGUAGGAUUGUAUGUUACUUUAAAGGAUAAGGCUGGUGUUCAUCUUUAUAGUUGGGGUCUAGUUUUAGCAGCGGAUUAAUCCACAUUUGUUGCUCUAGUGAGUAUUUGGGGCUGCAGGAUAGUGUCUUUUGGACUGAAUCACAAUAGAAUUUUGUGUCUUUAUCUGGCUUUGAUACACGCACAAUAGAACCAGUCAAAUUUAGGGAUUGACCAAUAUGUUGUCCAGGGCUGAUACAGAUGGAGCUAAUAUACAUUAGCAACAAAAAUCUAAAUCUUAGUGUCAAUAUUUAGAAUAAAAAGUGAUGGAAAGUAACUUAAUACAAUUUUGAGGUACUUUACUUGAAUAUUUCUAUUUUCUGCUACUCUAUACUUUCACUCCACUUGUUUAUUUGAUAACUUUAGUUAGUAGUUACUAUGCAGAUUCAGAGUUGUGGGCCAGAAAGAGAAAGCAUACCAAUAAUCAGCGAGGUCGCUAAUCGGUCUCUCCCUUUAUACUGUGUGUUAACAAUAACUUCCAGGUAGAAAAACCUCUUUGUCGUGUUUGAGUUGACAUAUAGUUUUAUCGUGGUUUUGGCGUUUUCAUUGCAUUUGUGCAGCGGAUCGUAGAGACUUUCAGCAGCCUUAUCCUUUAAACAUGUUUUACAUCACUCGUUAAAAUGACCUGCAGUCAGUAUGUAGUAAUGUAUUCAAAGGGAUUCAUGGAACUGUUGUUUUUGUUGCAGUAUUUUAUUUUACUAUCAUACCACGUUGCCAUGUUUGAGUUCUAAAGGUGUUGAUACAAAAGAACGGGAGAUUUGUUUCAGUUUUGCAUUCAAGCGCAUGUUGUCGUCUGUGCCACGUUUUAUAGAACAGAGUUUAAAUAACCUGAGUUUAUGUGAUUUUUCUAGGCGAUAUAACAGUAAAGUUAAAUGUUUGGUAUUGAGAGUUCAGAACAACAGCACAUGCCUCCAGUCUCUACUCAGCCUUGGUUUCCUGCAGCAUCUCUUGGUCAAAGACACAUGAACUCAGAACAGACCUUUGACGGGACACUGGAGGAUUAUAGCUCCGAGGUCUGGAUCAUUACACAUCUCUUCAAACCAAAUGCUUUAUUUUUAAUGUUUUCUGAAUGCAUAUCAGCUCUGUGGGUGUCCAGGAGUGCUUCUAACGCUGUGCAAACUGCAGUAUUAACAGUUAGAUAACGCCUUGAUAUUCCAAAAACAUUUAAUGUACUUUAAGUCGAGACAUAUAUGCUGUUUUGUAUCUUUUAUUUUUGUCAUAGAUUCUGCAGUUUAGUCAGAUGAUGUCAUUAUGGGAUGCCAAGACUUGUUUUUUUUGUUUGUUUGUUUGUUUGUUUGUUUGUUUUCUUCUUUGUUGUAAAUGCAGCAGCAUCCAUUCUGUAACAAAGUGUUACCGCUUGACUGUGCUCCUUAAGUCAUUUAGUUUUAUUUUAUCAAAGAGCCGAUGUCCUGUAUUGACUGCAGGCUUACGUAUAUAUUUGACAAAAGAAUAUUGUAUGUUUAAUAAUAAAAAAACACAAAAAAGACAAAAAAUUGAAGAAAAUGCAGAAAAAAGAAAAGGAGAAAAUUGAAAAAAAAAGUGUAAUUUAUAUUUUAAAACUGCAUGCACAAGGCUGGGAAAGUCAUAUUUAGAAUAACAAAUGGCAGUGCCUUUUUUGUACUCGAGACAUUCACCCCAAAUGUAAAUGGUUUUAUAUAGACUUUAAAAACUGUAACGUUACAGGAUGAAACUAGUGACAGCUGUGUCGGGUCACGUUCACUCUGCAGCUGCAAGUGUCGAAUCCAGAUUGUGUCCUCUUGUUCCUCGAUGAUCCGUGGAUAUGUUAAGGAAAUAAAUGAUUUAAUUUGUAAUGCGCUUUUCAAACUCUUCCAAAUCAUAAAUCUGAUCCAACCCUGACCCGUUGUCAUGUGACCAAAUUAUUGAUGCAGGUGUAAUGAUCAUUGUGUCCUAAAAUGCACUUAACGAGAACGGGAAAGAAUGUCUGUCCAUCAUGAGCAGGUGAUGUCCUCAGAGAGCUUUUUUCAUCUGACCAAGUCAGACAGUAUCACAUUUGAGUGGCUGUAACAGUCAGUCGCCAUUUCAGCCUGAAAAAUUGCUCAAUUGAAUUAUUAAUUAUCGAAGAACAACAAGCUCACAGACGCCCUCCUCAGUUUGAGCUGUCAGUUUAUUCUGUGGCAGCAGGAUGCAUCCAUUCUCAAAAUUGUGUAAAGAUCGGUGAUUUAAUAAGAGUAAGUGAUAACAUGCUACCAUAGCUCAACAUCGACAGACAUACUGAGGGGACAUGAGAAAGUCGCUGUUGUGACGACCUUCACUGAUUGAGUAUUGGUAUUGGAUCAGUUCUGUCUAUCAGCUGAUUCUGCAGAUUUAUGAAGUAAAGAUGAUUAUCUCCCAUAUUAAUGAAAACCAGUUAAAUUAGCCAAUAAAGCUUCAAAUUUACCGUCCAAGUACAUUUGUACGUUCUUUGGAUGUUCAGCCAUCUCUACUGAUAGCAGCUUCCAGUCUGAUGUGUGCUGCUGUCAGAAACUACACAUGAACGCUCAAACACAAACUUGAAUCUGAACUGAACUCUGGGGCGGGCGGCGUGAACGUGUCCCGCGGCGGUGAACUCGGUCUGUUGUGUCUGUCCUCUGUAGGUACUUCUUAAUGCUGAUAUGAAGUUAUGGAUUAUUCUGGUCUGUACAGAAAAACAAGUGUGAAUGACUGUGUGAAAGUAUGUGUGUGUGUGUGUGUGUGUGUGUGUGUGUGUGUGUGUGUGAAUACGUUCAAGUGUUUUUCAACGUGUCUUGCUGUAAUUUUGUCGCGACGUACCAGAAUGCUGUGACUUGGCAUGCCCCUGUUAUACAUAAAAAAAAAAAGAAAGAAAGAAAGAAA